AUGCAAACAGAUGACAUCCUCCAAAUGGUAAUGAGGAAGUUAUUGGAAUUAACACUCAAAGUUAAAAGCCUUAGUGAGACAGUAGUGGUACUUGAAAAGACAGUAUUAGAAAUGAAAAAAACUCAAAUUACAACUGAACUUGAAAAUCGAGCACAACGAUUACUUUCAGCAAGUGCUGAGCAAUGUAAAAAACUUGAACAUGUUCUUAGCCAAGCACAGAACGACGUAACAAAUAGUAUAGAAGAAACAGCACAAUUGUGUAAUGAUAAAUUAAUUGAAGGUAUAGAAGCUACAUCAACAAGAUUAACAUAUACAAAGAGAGAUAUGGUUACUACGAGAUUAAAAAUUGAAGAGUUAGAGAAGGCAAGUUUUAAAAUUAACAGAUUGUUAAGAAUGAAUGAUUUAGCACAAAUUUCUACAAAAGGAAGUAUUCCUAAACGAGUUAAUGUUACUACAGCAAUUUAUGAAGAUAAAAUAUAUAAAUUAUCACCAGUAUGGUUAGCAACUAUUUCUUCAAACAGUAUCACAGGAAGAAAAUGUGUCAGUUUAUAUACAGAAGAUAAAAAACAAGCAGUUCACAUUUAUUAUUCAGAUGAAAAAUAUUUCUACUUCUUUAAUGAAAAUGAAUUUAAAUAUGAUUUAAAAGAAGACUCAAUCACACAACUUAAAGUUGAACUUCAUUUAGAAUGGAAACGUCUUGCAUGUGAAGUUGUAAAUAUCCCAACAGGAAGUUUUUUUAGUAAAUCUCGAAAUGGUAAAAGUGCUGUAUUUUAUGUUCGUGAGUCAAUGAUUUGUGUUAGACUUGAUUCAGGAGAUAUUAUUGUAUUAGAUGCUAAUAGCAACUCAAUUUAUGUGAAUACACGAAAAUUAAUAUUAUAA